AUGCUGUCCUCAAAGGAGUUAAGGAUCCUUGCCUUGCUGGUUAUUGACACCCUUUUUUUCUUCCUGGAAAUCAUCGUUGGUUAUGGAGUACAUUCCUUGGCUUUGAUAGCAGACUCCUUCCAUAUGCUGAACGACAUUUUCUCUUUGUUGGUGGCACUAUGGGCAGUGGGAGUGGCCAAAAAUAAGGGAGUGGACUCCACGUACACAUACGGGUGGAAAAGAGCCGAAAUUUUGGGUGCUUUGAUCAAUGCAGUGUUUUUGAUUGCAUUGUGCGUCUCUAUCUUGAUCGAAGCUAUUCAACGGUUUUUUGAGCCCCAGGAGAUAAACAAUCCUAAAUUGGUGCUCACAGUUGGUUUUGCCGGGCUUUUAUCCAACAUCGUUGGCCUGUUCUUGUUCCAUGAACAUGGCCAUUCUCACGGUCACGGUCACGGCCAUGGUCAUGGUCAUUCUCACGAUUCCAUCCAGCAUGAUUACGAAGCAGGCGAUGUUGAAAACGAUUUCUCACGCGAUGACUCGUCCCAUGAUCUCAAUGAUAUGCUUCCUUCUACCGUGGUCCAUACUUACACCCCAGAAACGUCAUCUCUGCUCGGUAAUAAAACUAAGAAGGACCACACCCAUAGCCAUGGAAGCAACGUCAACGACGAUCUACACUCCAACAGCAAAUCCGCUCCUGUCAAAGCCCAGAAGUCCCUAAACAUGCAAGGUGUUUUCUUGCAUGUGCUGGGAGAUGCGUUGGGAAACGUCGGUGUCAUGGCCACAGCUCUUUUCAUCUGGAAAACGGACUAUUCGUGGAGAUUCUACACUGAUCCUGCAGUUUCGCUACUAAUCACCGUGAUCAUCUUUUCGUCUGCUCUACCGUUGGCCAACAAAGCCUCUCAUAUUCUCUUACAAGCUACACCGGCUACGGUGUCAUCCGACGACAUGCAACGUGAGAUUCUCGACGUUGACGGUGUUGUGUCUGUUCACGAUUUCCACGUUUGGAACUUGACUGAGUCUCUCUCCAUUGGAUCCACCCAUAUCGAAGUCGAUGCCAACCCUGAGCGUUUCACAGAGAUCGCCAAGACAGUUCGAGGAAUUUUCCACCGUCACAACGUUCACUCUGCCACUGUACAACCUGAAUUCCGCACAGCAAAUGUCAGCGAUGACACUCAGAAUGCUUCCUCGCGUGUAGCAGGUGGUGAAAUAAAUCAGACGCCUGCCGCUCCGGACUCCCAAGGUCAAAAAAACGCUUCUUAUGGUAGCAUCAAGAAAAACAAUUGCGCUGUUGAUGAGGCUGCAAAUUGCAACACUGAUAAUUGUCUCUCGUCAAAUUGA